AUGAGCGAGAUAUUUCUGGAAAGCCUUUGUGCCGCCGCCGCCGCCGGGAAAUUCCGAGAGAAGGCUUCGAUUCUUCACAAGAUCGCUAAAAAGAAAUGCCAAGUGGAGGAUAUUGAGAAGGCCAACGGCGUCGCGAGUCGUGCAGAAAACAACCUUCCGAACAGCUCCAGCGUGGAAGUGGAGGUCACCCCACCCAUGAACGGGACAGCUGGCCAAGAAGGAGAAACGGCAGAGGAGGAGGAGGAGGACGACCAGCCCCUGAGCCUGUCCUGGCCCGAGUCCAACCGCAAGCGCUUCACCUACCUCUUCAUCAUGCCCAUCGUGGUCCCACUGUGGCUGACACUCCCAGAUGUCAGGAAACCGACUUCAAAGAAGUUUUUCCCUGUCACCUUCGUGGGCUCCAUCAGCUGGAUAGCAGCGUUCUCCUAUCUGAUGGUGUGGUGGGCUCACCAGGUUGGAGAGACUAUUGGGAUUACUGAGGAGAUUAUGGGCCUGACUAUAUUAGCAGCUGGAACAUCUAUCCCUGACCUCAUCACCAGUGUUAUUGUGGCACGCAAAGGCCUCGGGGACAUGGCAGUGUCUAGCUCUGUCGGCUCCAACAUUUUUGACAUCACUGUGGGGCUCCCGUUCCCCUGGCUGCUCUGGUCCUCCUUCAACAACUUCAGCCCAGUCCAGGUGAGCUCCAACGGGCUCUUCUGCGCCAUCGUGCUCCUCUUCCUCAUGCUGCUCUUCGUCAUCAUCUCUAUCGCCGCCUGCAAGUGGCGCUUGAGCAAACUCCUGGGCUUCAUCAUGUUCAUGUUGUACUUCGUCUUCCUGGUGGUCAGCGUCAUGCUCGAAGAUCGCAUCAUCACCUGCCCCGUGUCCAUAUAA